AUGGACACCCAAAAGUCUCCCGACCUGAUUUCCGGCCAGAUGACGGGUGCUCUCUGCAUCUACUCGGCCACCUUCAUGCGCUACUCCCUCGCCGUCCAGCCCAAGAACUACCUCCUCUUCCUCUGCCACUUCAUCAACGAGGGCGCCCAGCUCACCCAGGGAUACCGUUACAUGCAGUACAACUACUGGGGAGGCAAGGAGGCUUCCGCCACCAAGGAGGCCUUUGAGGGCGUCCAGAAGAAGGCCGAUGCUAUCGAGGCCAAGGUUGAGUCCAAGGUCAAGCAGGCUAUCGGCAAAUAA